AGUGCGCAUGCGCGUCCGGAUGCCGACCCUCGCUGUCGCGCCUCCAGCUGCCGUGGUUACCGUUGGUGUUUGCGAAUUCCCUGCAGCACCUUCUUUGCUGGUAAACCAGCGCCGCGGGGCUUCGGCAGCGGUUCCACAGCGCGCGCCUGCAUCACGUGGGCUGAGGCUCCCGCGCGGUCGGAGCGGCGGCUGAGCGUGAGGAAGGAGUGCGGCUACCGCUCGCCCUCCCACUGCGCCCCAGGGCGGGCGCCCGGAAUAAAAAUGGCGAAGUGGGGGUAGUUGGCGCCGAACCCGAAGCGAUGGGGCGCGCAGAAACGGCAGUCCUAGCUCCCUGACGUGGGCGCCGAGCUGCUCUCGGCGACGAUUUAACCUGGCGACCUCGGGCCGGCGCCUAGUAGGUCAGACCACGGACUCCGCGGGUCGCCGAGGGCCCCGCCGAGAGCCGGAGGCGAUGGAUGAACAGAGCGUGGAGAGCAUUGCUGAGGUGUUCCGAUGUUUCAUUUGUAUGGAGAAAUUGCGGGAUGCACGCCUUUGUCCUCAUUGCUCCAAGCUUUGUUGUUUCAGCUGUAUCAGACGCUGGCUGACAGAGCAGAGAGCUCAAUGUCCUCAUUGCCGUGCUCCACUUCAGUUACGAGAACUAGUAAACUGUCGUUGGGCAGAAGAAGUAACACAGCAGCUUGAUACUCUUCAACUCUGCAGUCUCACCAAACAUGAAGAAAAUGAAAAGGACAAAUGUGAAAAUCACCAUGAAAAACUUAGUGUAUUUUGCUGGACUUGUAAGAAGUGUAUCUGCCAUCAGUGUGCACUUUGGGGAGGAAUGCAUGGUGGACAUACCUUUAAACCUUUGGCAGAAAUUUAUGAACAGCAUGUUACUAAAGUGAAUGAAGAAGUAGCCAAACUACGUCGACGUCUCAUGGAACUGAUCAGCUUAGUUCAAGAAGUGGAAAGAAAUGUAGAAGCUGUAAGAAAUGCAAAAGAUGAACGUGUUCGGGAAAUUAGGAAUGCUGUAGAGAUGAUGAUUGCACGGUUAGAUACACAACUAAAGAAUAAGCUUAUAACACUGAUGGGUCAGAAGACCUCUCUUACACAAGAAACAGAGCUGUUGGAAUCCUUACUUCAGGAGGUGGAGCACCAGUUACGGUCUUGUAGUAAGAGUGAAUUGAUAUCUAAGAGUUCAGAGAUUCUUAUGAUGUUUCAGCAAGUUCAUCGAAAACCCAUGGCAUCCUUUGUUACCACUCCAGUUCCACCAGACUUUACCAGUGAAUUAGUACCAUCUUAUGAUUCAGCUACUUUUGUUUUAGAGAAUUUCAGCACUUUGCGUCAGAGAGCAGAUCCUGUUUACAGUCCACCUCUUCAAAUUUCAGGACUUUGUUGGAGGUUAAAAGUUUACCCAGAUGGAAAUGGAGUUGUUCGUGGUUAUUACUUAUCUGUGUUUCUGGAACUCUCAGCUGGGUUGCCUGAAACUUCCAAAUAUGAAUAUCGUGUAGAGAUGGUUCAUCAAUCCUGCAAUGAUCCUACCAAAAAUAUCAUUCGAGAAUUUGCAUCUGACUUUGAAGUAGGAGAAUGCUGGGGUUAUAAUAGAUUUUUUCGUUUGGACUUACUUGCAAAUGAAGGAUAUUUGAAUCGACAGAAUGAUACAGUGAUUUUAAGGUUUCAGGUACGUUCACCAACUUUUUUUCAAAAAUGCCGGGACCAGCAUUGGUAUAUUACUCAGUUGGAGGCUGCACAGACUAGUUAUAUUCAACAAAUAAAUAACCUUAAAGAGAGACUUACUAUUGAGUUGUCUCGAACUCAGAAAUCAAGAGAUUUAUCGCCACCAGAUAACCACCUCAGCCCCCAGAAUGAUGAGACACCUGAAACUCGAACUAAGAAGUCUGGGUCAUGUACUGACAUGUUUCUUCAGGAUAGUCCUGCAACAACUUCUGUAAGAGAAGCCAAAGAGGAUGAAGAAGAUGAGGAGAAAAUUCAGAGCGAUGAUUAUCACCAUGAACUUUCAGAUGGAGAUCUGGAUUUAGAUCUUGUUGGUGAAGAUGAAGUAAAUCAUCUUGAUGGGAGCAGUUCCUCUGCCAGUUCCACAGCAACAAGUAACACAGAAGAGAAUGACAUUGAUGAAGAAACUAUGUCUGGAGAAAAUGACGUAGAAUACAACAACAUGGAACUAGAAGAGGGAGAACUCAUGGAAGAUGUAGCUGCUGCAGGACCUCCAGGUGGUAACCCUGGCUAUGUAGGUGCCAGUAGCAGAAUGUCAAGAAGAACACAUCUAUGUUCUGCUGCAACUAGUAGUUUAUUAGACAUUGAUCCUUUAAUUUUAAUACACUUAUUGGACCUUAAGGACCGGAGUAGUAUGGAAAAUUUGUGGGAUUUACAGCCUCGCCCACCUGCUUCACUUUUGCAGACCACAGCAUCAUAUUCUCGAAAGGAUAAAGACCAAAGAAAGCAGCAGGCAAUGUGGCGAGUUCCCUCUGAUUUAAAGAUGCUGAAAAGACUCAAAACUCAAAUGGCUGAAGUUCGAUGUAUGAAAACUGAUAUAAAGAAUACUCUUUCAGAAAUAAAGAGCAGCAAUGCUGCUUCUGGUGACAUGCAGGCUAACCUUUUUUCUGCUGACCAGGCAGCUCUGGCUGCAUGUGGAACUGAAAACUCUGGCCGAUUACAGGACUUGGGAAUGGAACUCCUGGCAAAGUCAUCAGUUACCAGCUGUUACAUACGAAACUCCACAAAUAAGAAGAGUAAUUCACCGAAGCCAGCUCGGUCCAGUAUAGCUGGAAGUCUGUCACUUCGAAGAGCAGUAGAUUCUGGGGAAAAUAGCCGUUCAAAGGGAGACUGUCAGACUCUGUCUGAAGGCUCCCCAGGAAGCUCUCAGUCUGGGAGCAGGCAUAAUACUCCCCGAGCCUUGACACAUGGCAGUAUCAGUGAUAUUCUGCCAAAAUCUGAAGACCAUCAGUGCCAAGCUUUGGACUCAGAUGCUGUUGUGGUUGCAGUUUUUAAUGGCUUACCUACUGUUGAGAAAAGGAGGAAAAUGAUCACUUUGGGGGCUAAUCCUAAAGGAGGUCAGCUGGAAGGAAUGCAGAUAACUGAUUUGGAAAAUAAUUCUGAAACUGGGGAAUUACAGCCUAUACUACCUGAAGGAGCUUCAGCUGCCCCUGAGGAAGGAAUGAGUAGUGAUAGUGAUAUAGAAUGUGACACUGAGAAUGAAGAGCAGGAAGAACAUACCAGCAUGGGCGGAUUUAACAAGUCUUUCAUGGCGCAGCCCCCAGACGAAGAUACCCAUUCCAGUUUUCCUGAUGGUGAACAAAUAGGCCCUGAAGAUCUCAGCUUCAAUACUGAUGAAAACAGUGGAAGGUAAUUUUCAAAUCAAGAGAACUGACUUGCUGGCUACUUUGCCCCUGAAAUUUGCUGUAUGUUUGUCAUCAGUCACAUAAUCAAAUUUGACCUUUUUUUUUUUUUCAUCUCUAAAGUAGUACUUGUAAAACUGUUAGAAAAUAGUACGAUUCUUACAUAGGACAUUAGUACACAGAAAAAAAUUAAUGGGGAGAAUUCUGUAUAAUGUAAUGAAGUAAGUGUAGUCUUAAACUAAUUGAAUAAAAUAGUUUGUUCACAAAAGGCAGUUUGUCUACUAAAACAAAAGGGUGAAUCCUGCUAGAGAAAGUACCCAGAGGUGGUGCAUGCAUUCAGUAAACUGUUGAGUAUCAGUCCUUGGUUAGAAUACUCAGUUGUAUUUAAAGGACCACAUUUAUAUUUGGUUUUAAUCAAUUCAUAUUUUCAUUAGUGUCUAUAGAUAAGUCAACAGAAAAAUUACUUAUGAGUAGUCUCUGCUCCGUAAAUCCUUUAUGUGAAUAACUGAAGUUUAAUACUAGGCUGAUUAUCUUUAGUGCAUGUAGACUGACUAAAGUUAAUUUAUUUGUCAUUUCCUGUUUGGUAAGUGCAGGCACAUUGUUUAGUGGCACACAAUCUUUUUACUGAGUGUCUUACAAAUGUCAUUUAAGUGAUAUAUGUUAAUGUAGAUUAUGUUCCUGGUUAUGUGAACACAAAAAAAUCAUUUCUUUUUUUUUUUCUGCCUUUUACUAAACAACUGUAAUGCAGCAAAUACUUUAUACCCUCUUUCUCCUUUACUUUCAUUACUUGCAUGUGGAUUUCAGUGUUUAUACUGAAGCACAUUGGCUUCUGUGAAACUGUGGUAAAAGGUUUACUUUCAUAUUCUCUCAAGUAGUCCAAAAUAAUUGCCAAACUUUGUCAUUGUGUUCCUGCAUUUGUGUUUGAGCUGCUAUACUAUUCAAAAACCACAUUGAAAGUCGAUUAAGAAACUAUUGAAAAAGCAUGAAUAUAUGUAUAGACAUGUGAGAGACACCUCAUCUGCUUAUAUUUUUACUUAAUGAAUAUUACUCACUUUUCCACGUCUUACUGAAUGCUGUGAUUCAUGGUUGCUUUUGUUCAAAACAGUUUGCACUUUUUGUUAAUAAAAUGAACUUAAGAAAAUAUUAUGCCUCUGCAAUUUAUUAAAAGUGGGACAGGAAGCUUCUUUUUUUUUCUACUGGUAUUGCUUGUAUAUAAUAGAGGCUUUUUAGAUAUGUAAACUAUUAGUAAAUAUAUGAGUAAUUUAG